AAAACACAGCAGUGCUGUAAAAAAUUCACAUCUAAGGAACUCAAGAGGCAGCAAAGUGCUCUCUUUCUAAAAGGUUUACUGAUCGAGGUAUAAUCCGAUGAAGAAGGUUGUGAAGACGUUUAUUUCUUAGCUACUGUAAUUAAUUCCCUUUCAAAGUUUAAGGAAAAAAUUUAAACCCUAAAAGGUACAACAAAGUUUACGUGGAGUACCACGACCUUUUGGCGGAUGAAAAUGAGUCGGAGCUUUUGAGGGAGUACGUAAAUGUGGCGUUUGUGAGGCCAGCGCUGCCACCAGAAGAGAUUGUUCAGGGGUUUGAAGUGAACGACAUCGUUGAUGCUUUCCACGGGAUGAGUGGUGCACCGGUGCUGUAAGGAGAAUAAUUGACGGAGGUUCGAAGUUUGUAGUCGCUUUUCAAAAUCCUCCAAACUAGUUCCAAUUUGGCGUUGUAGACCUGCGGGUCCACUGGGAUUGGGUCGACUGUCUGUGGCUCCGACCCGUUCAGCUGGUAAAGACCCCAGGGCUUUUAGGGUUUAUGAGUUCUUGUGAUAUAUUCGGAAGAGUACAGAAGCAUUGAUGUUUGAAGUGGGGAGACAAGUAGAGGUCUCAUUUGAUGCAGAAGAUUGUCGAGAUGCUUGGUUCCCGGCAACUAUAUUGGACAUCUUAAGAAACGGAUCUUUCCUGGUGGGGUAUGGGAGCCCAAAAGUUGGUGAUGAGGUUCGGCCUCUGAAAGUAACCAUAGAUCCCCUCCGUGUUAGACCUUGUCCACCACUUGUCAAGAGUAAAACAUUUGAUCUGCUGGAAAAAGUUGAUGCAUCUUUUGAUAAUGGCUGGUGGAGUGGAGUAAUUACAAAGGAGCUUGAGGAUAGUAGGUACCUUGUCUUCUUCAAGGAGACGAGUAAGAAUAGGAAAUUCCAUCAGUCGGAAAUAAGACCACACAUGGAAUGGAGGGAUGGCAAGUGGAUCACUUCUUCCAAGGAUGUCUCAAUCCCAUCUUCAGAAGAUGGAAAAUGGGGAAUUCAUAUUUGCACCAAUGGCACUGCAGUGGCUAAACCAGUAAGGAGCUCUAGCAAUGGAAAGGACAACUCUAAAGAGAAAAUGGAGACUCGAAUGGAGUCAACUCCUCACAAUCGGAAACCUUCUCCUGUUUCUGAUCAAUUGACUAGGAGCAGAUAUCUUUUACCUUUUGAUUCUCUUGAUACGCUUUCACAGCCUCUGAAGAAGCUUAAGGAAGGAAAAGCAGGGUCCCCAUCUCUUACACCUGAUCAACAAACUAUACUUGAAACACCAAGUAAACGCGUGCAAGGUGGUUCUAUAAGCCCAACCUCUGGAAGUACCAUAUCCAGCUCUGUCAAACCACCUGUGCCUCAGGAUUUUUCCUCUAAUAAUCCUUACUGGGGGAGGAGAAUUCAGAGAAAACGAGGAAAACAAAAGAUGCCUACAUCCAGUUCUAUGAAGAAAAGAGGAAGAACACAAACACCACAAGUUGGAAAUCCAGAACUUGUUGUAGAAGCAGGCAGGGAGCUCAAUUUAGUGGAAAAUGCUGCAGAUGUUCUAGAGGAGAAUGUGGAUGGGGAAACUGAUUUAGGGAUCGUCUUAGGUCUGGCAUGUGCUGAAUUGGGGAGCUCAAGACAUAAGACAGGGGGCUUAAGAGGUAAGAGGGCUUUGGAGUCCCAUGGUAAGGAAUCUUUGAAGCUCGUGAGUGUCCUGGAGCAGCUAUCAAAUGAUUCAGCUAUACAGAUUAUAAAGGAGAGUAAACAAUCAGGUACUGAAGUGAACAUUCAGAAGAGAAAGAGGGGAAGGCCUCGAAGGAUAUUAAUCAACAGUCCCCAAACUCCGGUAACAGGCACCAUGCAGAAAGUAGAUGUUUUGGAAGAUGAAAUGGUUACAAAAGAUUGUACAGCAAAUGAAGUUGGUUCUCACACAAGUGGUGAAGUUGAGAUGUCAGGGAUGAAGGGCUUGGUGGGCAAUCAGGACAGCACAACAUGCAAGGAUUCUGAGAAUCUCUUCAAUGGUCUGCCAAAGCAGAAAAAUAGUUCUGUCGAUAUGAUGAAAACCACCUUUGCAGAAGUCUCAGCUAAGAAAGUUUCCAGGACGUUAAUCAAUCCAAAUGAGAAGAAUUCAUCAAAGAGAGGAAAAAGACGUUUGGCAGAUCAAAUGGUUGCAUCUCAAUUUCAAGAUACAUCCGGCGAGAAAACCAUGGGUUCAAAUGGCAUAGUCAAGGAGGCCCAGAAAGUCAUUGCUGAAGUACUCAGCAAAAAAUUGGACGAUGAACCUCUUUCUAAGUGGAUUGAAGGAACACAGGCUCCAACUCCAACUGCUUUUGAUGGCUCCGAAGUUAUCCUCACAAGGACUGCUGGGCAAUGUAUUGGAACCGGCGAGAAGCAAAAUAAAUUUGUGCCGAGUGAGCAGCAAAGCUUGCCCUUCGUGAAGAACACAAUGCUUUGGAAAACAAUCGAAUCCAUGGAAGUUUUCCAAAGAAUGCCGCAAAACCCACAUUUCCGACCUUUGGAAUCUUAUAAAGAGAGUUCUCGUGAAGGUUUAGCUGUAGGUUAUAUGGUAACCUUUUCGAGUGUGGUUGAUAAAGUUUCGAGGUUGCAAUUUAAUGAUCCUAAAAGCAUUACAGAUGACAUUUUGGAGACGCUUGAGGAAUUGGAAAUUCAUGGAUUUGAUGUUCUGGCAGUGCGCGACCGUGUUACUGGCUUGGGAUCAGUGAAAGGAAGGCAGGAAAAGCUUAUGAGCCAGUCAGAGGAAAUUAACGGCCAAAUUGUUGAGCACAAUCUUGAGAUAAAUAAGAUGGACGAAGAGAUUGGUGAGAUCAACAAACAGAUAAGGAACUUGCAAGAAAAGCUUUUAGUUGUUGGAUCAACUAAAGAGACGAAGAAUCAUGAAGUUGCUUCUUUGCAAUCUAGACUACUGGAAAUUAAAGAGAACAUCAAUAAUGUCGAGUGUGAUUUUGAAGGCUUAGCUGGCAUGCCUUUGUAAACGCGUGAUUCUGAGCACACCCUUCUGUUGCAAGGAGCAGAAAGUUGAAUUCUUGAUUUUUGAGUCUCGCUGUGAUAAUUUUUGUUGAAGUAGACGUUAAUGUUAGUCAGUAAUGGUAAUCUCGUGUUAGGUGUGUAUCUUGUAGGUAUUUGGUAAGUAAAGACCUGGUAAAUGAUGUUAGCUUUCAUCGUUUAAGACUGUAAUGACUUCAAAGACCCCUAUUCCUGGGUAAUUAGAUCGUUUGCUGUUAUAAUUAUUUA